AUGCUAGAAAGCACUCUACCAGUUGCAAUCUCCAAGUCCGAUUUUAAAAUAUCUUCGAAAGAGGACAAACUACUUACUGAAUUGAAAGAUUGCAUCAUCACCGGUUCGUUCAAUGGCAAAUUCAAAAAAGCCGCUCCAUGGAAACCACACCUGUCCAUCAAAGAUGAUGUCGUCAUGUUCAAAGACCGAAUGGUCGUCCCUAAAAAGCUGCGUACCAGAGUUCUUCAAUUAGCACACCAGGGACACCAAGGUAUUGUUCGCACAAAACAACGACUUCACUCCAAAGUUUGGUGGCCAGGCAUGUCCAAGGAAGCUGAGGAAUUCGUUAACACAUGCCAUUCCUGUCAAGUCACUGAGCCCCUGACACCCCAUACACCAUUGGAGAUGACAACAAUGCCUCGAAAACCUUGGUUGCUGCUCGGAUGCGAUUUAUGCGGUCCAUUCCCGAAAGGCGAAAAUCUACUGGUAUGCAUCGACUAUUACAGCAGAUAUCCUGAGGUGGAAAUCCUACACAAAGUAGACACACACGCUAUUGCAAAGAAACUUAGGAAGAUGUUUUACCGCUACGGAUCCCCAGAAGAAAUUGUCACAGACAAUGGGCCACAGUUUAUAAGUGCAGGCUUCAAACGUCUGAUGACCGAGUUCAACAUCAAACACCAAAAAGUCGCUCCAUACCACCCACAAGCAAAUGACGAGGUGGAGCGUUUCAACCGGACACUAAAGAAAUGCAUACAAACCGCCGUAGCUGAUGGUAUCGAUUGGCAAAUCGCAUUGGAGAACUUUUUAUUGUCCUACCGUUCUACACCCCAUGCCACAACAGGUGUGGCGCCUGCCGAGCUUCUAUUCGGCCGUCCCAUCCGAGAUAAGAUCCCUACAAAUGAUACAUCACAUCCCGAUUCGACGAGAAGCGAGAUGCCGACCGCAAGGCAAAGAUCAAAUGCCAAGCUGAUAAGAAAAAUCGUGCCAAGCCACACAGCAUCAAAGUAG